AUGGAUGGUGGUGGCCGAUCAUCAGCGGCUCCUUCUCAAGCUUCCUCGUGGUCGUCGUUUCAACAUUUUAACCUCUGGACCAAAUUCUCCAGUGGGAACAACAGUUCUUCUCGGGAGCCCGCCAAAGAAGCCAUCCAAGACAAAGGGCCGCAACCUAUCACAGGGAGAAGAAGCCGAGCUGGGUUCUCCGACUCCUUUCAAGAUCUUGACGUGGGAUCUUUAGUUGCUGACGACCACGACGAAGGCAACGAUAAAGCUCAACAUCACCCUCAAGCUGAAGCUAAUAAUACACAAUCUCAGCAGGAAGAAGCGGAUUCAAAGGUCAAACAUCCAGAGCCCUCUCCAAAAACAGAAGCAUUGGAAGAUAGCCCCGAUGUCAUUAGCCCAGAAUCCGUCGUGGUUUCCCAGCCUAUAGGAAGCCCCAAAGAAAGCCCCACCCCGCCGGCCAACAAAGCAUCACCAUCAGCAGCAACAACUGCUACUUCUGAUCAACCCCAACUCCCCACCACCUCUAGCCCCGACACACUAUCCUUAGUUCCUUUGGUCUUGCGUGAUUUCUGCAAGGCGUUUAAGAAGGGCCCCGCGCCAUUGAUAAAAAAACAGAACAUCGCUAGUUUGAGAAAAGCUGUCCCUAAGCUCACCAGAAGGAAGAGCAAAAGGGUUCGAGAUGGCAUGGUUCCACCAUUGAGCUCCCCUUUGGAUGCUGAACUUUGUUACCUCAAACCCUCAUGGAAGAAUUUCGCUCUCUGCGAGUUGCUUGCCGCUACAGAUAACUUCAGUCGGGAUAACUUGAUUGGAGAAGGAGGGUAUGCUGAGGUUUACAAAGGGCAAUUAACAGAUGGGCAGUUCGUCGCUAUAAAAAGACUAGUCAGAGGCACUUCACCUGAAGAGAUGACCAUGGAUUAUUUAUCUGAGCUAGGUAUAAUCUGCCAUGUUGACCAUCCCCAUAUUGCUAAGUUAAUUGGGUAUGGUGUUGAAGGGGGAAUGCAUCUUGUUCUUCAGCUGUCCAUCAAUGGAAGCGUCUCAUCUUUACUCUACGGGCCAAGGGAAAAGUUGACUUGGCCGAUUAGGUACAAGAUCGCUACAGGAACUGCUGAGGGGCUCUUGUACCUUCACGAGGGUUGCCAGAAGAGGAUCAUCCAUAAAGAUAUAAAGGCUGCUAAUAUUUUGCUCACAGAAGAUUUCGAGCCUCAGAUUGCCGAUUUUGGGUUAGCAAGAUGGUUACCAGAGCACUGGACUCAUCACACUGUAUCAAAAAUUGAAGGAACCUUUGGUUACCUUCCUCCUGAAUUCUUCAUGCAUGGUAUAGUAGAUGAGAAAACGGAUGUUUUUGCUUAUGGUGUGCUAUUACUAGAGCUCAUCACAGGAAGACAAGCAAUCGACAGUUCACAACAUAGCCUCGUGAUGUGGGCUAAACCAUUUCUGAUGCAGAACAAGAUCAAUGAGCUGGUCGAUCCAGUCCUGGGCGACUCGUACAACAUGGAACAAAUGGAGCGACUCGUUUGUCUAGCUGCAAUGUGUGUUGAACAGGCCUCGAUUCAGCGGCCACAGAUGAGCCUGGCGGUGGAGAUUCUGAAGGGUGAUGGGAGCACACUGGAGGAAGUGAAACGAAGGCAGAAAUCCAAGCUUCAAAGAACUUACUCCGAUGAGCUUUUUGAUGCGGAUGAGUACAAUUCGACGAGGUACUUGAGUGAUCUCAACAUACAUAUGGAGGAUCUCUUGGAACCGGAUGAUAAUGAUAACAACAAUGAGGAUAACAACAAUGUCGAGGCUCCCGAACAUGUCAAGCAGCUAUCAAAAGAUGAAGACGAGAAGUCCUCGCAGCCAUGA